UACAAGACGCAGAUGAUAUUUGGUUUGUUCGAUUUGCCGAAAACAGUGUAGAUGAGAGAGCACAACAUAUUCAACAAAAUGUUUUGCAGACAGUGUAAUACGCGAAACAUUUUUACAAUGAUGUAGGCUGAAACCUAUGCAAUUAUUUGUUGUAACCGGACUAUCUUUGUGAAGCAGCUAUAAGCAUGCCUAAAUCAGGGAAGUCCUGCACUAACCGGACUUCCAUAAGUAGCUACUUCGGUGAGUUAAGGACAAAGACUACCGCUGACAGUACUGCUAACUCCGGGAUUGUCGAUAACUUUGGAGAGCAGUGCGCUUGUCAGAAGUCAGGACCAGUUAAAAAGAUUGAUGAUCAAAUAAAGCAACAGUACAGGGAAGCAAAGACAUACAACAGAAAGAGUUGGAUCGCCCGAAGGUGGUACUAUGCCAUUAACUCACUAAGAAUGCAAAAGCAUUACCCUGAUGAUAAUGGGGGCCCACUAUUGAAAAGAGCCAAGCUGUGCCGUAAGGGACAGGAAAAGGAGGACAUAUCCAGUCAGAGUGUCAAAGAAACCUGGGUCCCCUCCUGUCGAGGAGCUGGCAGCCUCUCCUCCACUCUGGAGAAACUAAAGGGCUUUCGUCUUGGGCCUGGGGAUGCAAAAGACCGAAAUAACAACAGACAAAGCAGAGAAGUUGAGAAGAAAGAAAAGUUGUGGCGGGGACCUGGGCCAUCAAGCAAAAAAUUGGCCCUUCCUAGCCUAAACCACUUUAACGAACCAGGAGAAUCGAGAGGAGGAGGAAGGGGUCCUCCAGGAGAAUCAGGUUCAACAUUAGAGACUAGCGCCCCCUGUAAAAUAUUUAAGAGUGCAUACACUCCUCUGGAGCAGCAGUACCUGCAGAUUAAAGAGCAACAUAAGGACGUUCUUUUGGCUGUGGAGUGUGGCUAUAAGUACAGGUUCUUCGGGGACGAUGCAGAGAAAGCGGCAAAGGAACUGAACAUCUUUUGUCACCUGGACCAUCACUUCAUGACAUGCAGCAUCCCUGCACACCGAUUGUUCGUUCAUGUACGACGACUCGUCUCACUGGGCCACAAGGUGGGCUUAGUGAAGCAGACAGAGACCUCAGCUAUUAAGGCCUCAGGAGCCAGUAAGAACUCUCUAUUCACCCGCCAACUCAGUGCUCUCUACACAAAGUCUACACUGAUUGGGGAAGAUGUGAACCCAUUGCACAGUUUUGGUGAUGUGGAAGGUGGGGAGCUUACUGAUGUGGUGACAGAUCCUCCAGAGAGUUACUUGCUCUGUCUCAGUGAGACCUGGGAUAAAAACAGCAGACAACUCACCAUUGGUCUGAUGGCGGUGCAACCAAGUACAGGUGAUGUGGUGUUUGAUUGUUUUGUGGACAACUCGUCGCGAUCAGAGCUGGAGGGUCGUGUCUUAAAGGUCAAUCCUGUAGAAAUCUUGGUGGCUUCUGAUCUUUCAGACUCCUCACACAGACUCCUGCAAAGCAUAGCAACUGCCAGUGUGCAGGCUGGGGAUGUUGUACGUAUAGAGAAGAGGGACAAUACUCUGUUUGACUUUGCCUCCGCAAUGAACACUGUCAAUAACUUCUACAGUCACACUCAGGAAAUAGGUUCCAGAUCGUUCUCCAGUGUUGCCUCGUUGGAGAGCCCUGUGAUCUGCUGUCUUGGUCCUCUCAUCCACUAUCUGAGAGAGUUUAAUCUGGAGAAAGUACUCCUACAGCACAGUUUGUUCCAGCAUCUAUCCUGUGAGACAAACGCUAUGGUCCUCAGUGCUACCACUCUUAGAAACCUGGAGAUAUUCACCAACAAUACAGAUGGAGGUGUAAAGGGAAGUUUGUUGUGGGUGUUAGACCACACCCGAACUCCAUUUGGGAGGAGACUGAUGAGGAAGUGGAUAAGCCAGCCCCUCAAAGAUGUACAGUCUAUAUGUGAGAGACAACAGGCUGUUUGCGAGAUUCUGGAUUCUGAUUCCAUCACCUUGCCCACCCUUAAAGCCCUGAUGUCCCGACUGCCAGACCUGGAGAGAGGAAUCUGCAGUAUCUACCAUAAGAAGUGUUCCACACAGGAGUUCUACCUCAUCAACAGUAAUCUCUCACGGCUUGGGUUGGAACUCCAGGCUUUGCUCCCAUCCAUCCAAUCACAGCUCAGCUCUUCUCUGCUCCGAGGCCUCCUAUUGGACACACCUGAUCUGCUGGCUCCUGCCCACAACUUCUUAAAAGUUCUCAGUGAGAAGGCAGCCAAGUCAGGGGAUAAGAUGGAGCUGUUCUAUGACCUAUCGGUCUUCCCAGUGCUCCAGGAAAGAAGAGAGGAAAUCCAAUCUGUUCUGGCUGAAAUACAAGAUCACCUGAGGGAGGUUCAAAUUACACUCAGGACCCCCACUGUAAACUACGUCACAGUCAGCGGGCAAGAGUUCUUGGUAGAGGUGAAGAACUCUAUGAAGUCUGUGGUUCCAUCUGAUUGGGUUCAGAUCAGUAGUACUAAAGCAGUGAGUAGAUACCAGUCUCCUUAUCUGGUAGAAAAAUGUAGAAGACUGUCCCAGCUCAAAGAAAAGAUGCUCAUUGACAGCAAGAAAGAAUGGACCAACUUUCUCAAUCAAUUUGGGGAGUAUUACUACACUAUGAAGAAAGCUGUUUGUAACCUAGCCACCAUCGACUGCCUGUACUCAUUCGCUGAGGUGGCUAAGGAGGGAAACUACUGCAGGCCAUUGGUGCAAGAGGGAGAUCGUCAGAUUGUGAUUAAGGAUGGUCGACAUCCUGUCAUAGAUCUGUUGAUGGGAGAACACACACAGUAUGUCCCCAAUGACACAGAACUACAGGGUGACAGGAGGAGGACUAUGAUAAUAACAGGACCUAACAUGGGCGGUAAGAGCUCUUACAUCCGCCAGGUGGCACUACUCUGCAUCAUGGCCCAAGUAGGCUCAUAUGUACCAGCUACAGAGGCCAGCUUGGGCAUCCUUGACGGCAUAUACACAAGGAUGGGGGCAUCUGAAAACAUAUAUAAGGGCCGCAGCACAUUCAUGGAGGAGCUGACAGAAACCUCAGAAAUUGUUGCCCAGGCAUCUGAGAGGUCUUUGGUCAUUCUGGACGAAUUGGGCCGAGGCACCAGCACCCAUGACGGGACAGCCAUCGCCUAUGCUACUCUGGAGUACUUCAUCAGAGAAGUAAGUGUGAAGUCUCUAACUCUGUUUGUGACUCACUACCCUCCACUGUGUGAGCUGGAAAAGGUGUAUCCUAGGCAUGUAGGAAACUUCCACAUGGCCUUUCUACUUAAUGAACCAGAAUUCGUCGCAAAAGAUGGUGAGUUGAAGCCAGAUUUCAUCACCUUCUUGUAUCAGCUAACUGAGGGGGCAGCUGGACGGAGCUAUGGGCUAAACGUUGCUGGUUUAGCUGAUAUUCCUGAAGAUGUUCUACACAUCGCCACCUGUAAAGCACAAGAGCUAGAGAACACUAUCAACUCACGAAGAAAGAGCAAGCGGUUGUUAUCUGAACUGUGGAGCAUCAAAGACAGAAAACGUCUGUUAGACUGGGUGCAGCUGAACUCACAUGUACAAAGACAUAAAUCCCUGGUUGCAGUGUGACCUGGAUGCUAUUAUAUUCUCCAUAGACUCUCUCUGAGGGAGAGAGAUAGACUAAUACUCUGAGGGGACAAUGGAACAAUGGAACUGCAUUUAUCUCAGAAUCUAUAGAAAAUAGUUACACACAUUAAAUUACUAAGUGCAGACAUGCAUGAGCGCGACACAAGCAUAGUCAAUAGAGAGAUUGAACACUAAUUUAGAGUGAUUAACAGGAAUUUGUGAUUUUGAAAAAAUAAAAAUAAACUAAAAGCCA